AUGAUACGAAGAAGACGAUUCAAGUUUCAACUGGGAUUCGCAGCUCUUUUGGUACUCUGCUUUUUCAGUUGGCGCCGAGACGAUGCAAUCAGUGAGACUGCAGAAAAACCUAUGAAUGUAGUUAAAGAGGUCUCAGGUACGUACAGAAUAUCACCACAACUAAGAAUGACAUGUGCGUUCUGUUAUGGUUGAGGUAGUUAAGAGGGACAUUUGAUCUUAUAAGUCUCACCCGCGGGAUUAUACCUGUGAGUUCCCGGUUAGGAAACUGGCGCUAUUUUGUCAUUGGCUAGCUUGGGACUAAUCAAUUAAAUGAUAUAUUCGGAUCUCACAUUUAACAUUUCAUUUCGCAUUUCACUUUCCAUUCCAAAUUUCUUAUUUCAUUUCACGUUUCAUUCCUCGUUUUAUCCUACCGAUGUACAUUAAUAUUAAAAUAGAGGGGAAAAAAUUGGAUCUCUGGAUGUCAUCUUGUUGUAGUAAGGAAAAAUACAGCUCUUUUACUUACCUUAUUAUAGGAAGUUAACGCUCCAUGAAAUUAAGGUAUUGGAAAUUAACGCGACUUAAAUUAACGCGAAAAACGACUUUCGAAUAAAGAAAAUUAACGCGAAAGAGGAGGUAGAAUUUAAUUAAGGAAAUUAACGCGAUUAAGACAGUUGGUGGUGACAACUGGAACAAAUUUAUUUCAACACUGGAUGUAAGCAAAUUCAAAACUGAACAAAACUGAGCUGACAUCACUUCUGACAGCGACAACGAUGAUGAUGAACACGAAAUAUUGGAAACCUUCGCCUUAGCUUUUUCAAGAAUGACAAAAACCAUGCAAAAAUAAAGGGUAAAUGAAAACGGAAAUUUGUUUGGGGAAAGAUAAAGCUCACCGCUUUGUUUGUUCGAUCCUUUAUAGAAAACACUUUUGUGUGUUCGUGUUUUAAUAUGCCUGUCUACAUAUCAGCUACUGGCCUACGUUCUACUUUUUUUUUUAAACCUGGUGUUAACGCGGCCAAAAGGUAAGCAAAAUGGUUGUGUUUCUUUGUCAGGUUAAUCGCAUUAAGAACAUUUUUAGGUGUCAAAAAGAAUGUAGCUGAACUCAGACAUUCGGUAUGUGAAACUUUUACGGUGAUUGCCUGACUGACCACCUAAGACUACUGGCUUUUGCUGCGAAACUUUGCACCAGUUCUGGUGUGAAACUUUACGGUGAUUGCCUGACUGACCACGUACGACUACUGGCUUUUGCUGCGAAACUUUGCACCAGUUCUGGUGUGAAACUUUUACGGUGAUUGCCUGACUGACCACCUAAGACUACUGGCUUUUGCUGCGAAACUUUGCACCAGUUCUGGUGUGAAACUUUUACGGUGAUUGCCUGACUGACCACCUAAGACUACUGGCUUUUGCUGCGAAACUUUGCACCAGUUCUGGUGUGAAACUUUUACGGUGAUUGCCUGACUGACUGCGUACGACUACUGGCUUUUGCUGCGAAACUUUGCACCAGUUCUGGUGUGAAACUUUUACGGUGAUUGCCUGACUGACUGCGUACGACUACUGGCGAAACUUUGCACCAGUUCUGGUGUGAAACUUUUACGGUGAUUGCCUGAUUGACUGCGUACGACUACUGGCUUUUGCUGCGAAACUUUGCACCAGUUCUGGUGUGAAACUUUUACGGUGAUUGCCUGACUGACCAACUAAGACUACUGGCUUUUUGCUGCGAAACUUUGCACCAGUUCUGGUGUGAAACUUUUUACGGUGAUUGCCUGACUGACCACCUAAGACUACUGGCUUUUGCUGCGAAACUUUGCACCAGUUCUGGUGUGGAAACUUUUACGGUGAUUGCCUGACUGACCACGUACGACUACUGGCUUUUGCUGCGAAACUUUGCACCAGUUCUGGUGUGAAACUUUUACGGUGAUUGCCUGACUGACCACCUAAGACUACUGGCUUUUGCUGCGAAACUUUGCACCAGUUCUGGUGUGAAACUUUUACGGUGAUUGCCUGACUGAACACGUGCGAAACUUUGACCAGUUCUGGCUUUACGGUGAUUGCCUGACUGACCACCGUAAGACUACUGGCUUUUGCUGGUGAAACUUUGCACCAGUUCUGGUGUGAAACUUUACGGUGAUUGCCUGACUACGACUACCUACGACUACUGGCUUUUGCCUGACUGACUACCUACGAAACUUUUGUGGUGAUUGUCUGACGACAUACCAUUAUGGCUUCUCGACCACAGAAAAAAUGAGUGAGUAAGAUCAAACUCAGGAUGACAAGCUCUUACUAGUGCGGAGAAAAAUACUACAAGAACACGUUAUCAGUCUGGCUUUAAAAAGUAAACUGUUGCCAUAGCGUAUUUGAAAACAUGGACAGUAUUGUUUUUUUUUUUUUACCGCAACAGAAAGGUCCUUGUUUGUAGUCAGGCGUUUACGUAAAUGACGAAAGAGGAAACCAUCCUCCCCACGUUGAAACUCGAGUUAAAGACCGCAAACGUUACCUUACUUUGUGGGUUCGUGGUUUUCAGCCGUAGUGGUUAGAAGUUUCCAACGGAAAGCCUGUUUACUCGAAACUUUCUAUUAGUUCUGGUGUAGACUUUUGCGGAGUAACAGUAGGCACGGCAUACAAUGCUGGCGAUAAGCAUGUGUCUACACUGAAUUUGGGGUGAUUUUGCAGAGGAGACCACACGUGGAUCGAGCUUACUCGUUAUGUUGUUUAUUCUUAAAAUUUUAUUUCGAUUAUCGUUGGAAAAAAGUUGGCCUUAAGUCGACUUUUUUUAUCGUUCGGGAUCUUCCUUUUUGGAAAAGUUCAAGUCCACAUUCCAAAACCUUAACUGAAUGUCUUUAGUUGUUAUGUUAUUGUUAUGAGGGAUGAUCAUCUUUUUUUAAACGGGUUAAACACGCUUUUCUUUUUUAUAUUAUGUAAAUUUGAUAAAACAGACAAACUGUUGGGGAUCUUCUGCUACCGCUGGCUUUUAUCGUUUACCUGGCUGGGAAAGACUCAAGACUACUCCUCAAGUCCAAUCACUUUAAAUUUGACGUAAAAAAUGUUCGUUGGAAAAUGUAUUAAAUGAAACUUUCCUGAAGAAUGUCUGGACAGGAUCCAAAACUGGGGUUAAAAUACUGGAAAUUAAGAGCGCGGAAUUUAACGAUGCACUUAAUUAACGUCGCGGAAAUUAACGCUCAACAAAAUUAACGCGACUUAAAUUAACGCGAAUUUCAACGAAUUUCAACGAUUCGCGUUAAUUUCACGAAGUGUUAAUUUCCUAUAAUAAGGUAAUAUUCUGUUUCAUUUCAGAUGGAUCAUUCACUGGAAGACAUCCUCUCGUUCACGAGACAAACGAUGCCAGAAACUGCAGCCCACCAUCAAUCGAGGAAUUUCCGGGUGAUUUGUUCAACCAGCGUGAAAGGCGACUUGGUGCAGUCGUUAUUCAUUUUCUGGUUGCAUUUUAUACAUCCUGGGCCAUAGCUAUUGUCUGCGAUGAUUAUUUCGUUCCUUGCUUGGAGUUGAUUUCUAAUAAGAUGAAACUUCAAUCUGAUGUGGCCGGUGCUACUUUCAUGGCUUUUGGUAGUUCAGCUCCCGAACUAUUCGCCUCAAUCAUUGGUGAGUUGUAAGAGUUUAUGUAUUUCUUACGCUUUUGAUGCACGAUAUUUACUGUCAGGGGUUCACAAAUGCCAAGUGCAUAAACAGGCCUAAACUCGCUCCCGGGGUUUUCGCGGCGUCCAACAUGGUGGCCUGUUGCCCACCACCCACUCGGUGGAGAAAGCGCUGGGAAGGAGAUUGCUGUAGAAACUAGGAGAUAUAGUCCGAGCUAGAAGUGCAAAAAGGCAGCUAAGGAAAUAUUUAGGCAGAUAUGGACCGCUGAGUAGACAAACAUGCAACUACAGAUUAUUCACAAACUUCCAAAUACGCUUAAAUAUUAUGCACAUGUGUACUAGAGACCCCGGGAAGCUCUCGCAGUUUUGAUAACGAAGGGAAGUUUUUGCAAGUGUGACUCUACACCUUAGAAAAGAUUUAAUGACAAAUUUCUGCUUUCUAAUCAUAGGUGUCUUCAUCACAGAAGGGGACAUUGGGAUCGGCACCAUCUUAGGCUCAGCGGUAUUCAACGUGCUGUUCGUUAUUGGAGCAUGUGGCGUAGGGGCUGGAACGGUAAGAACAUGACCAGGAGAGGAUAACCACGUGAUUUAUAGCGUUUUCACGGAUCGAGCUAUUUCAAGACUGGCUCCGGAUCGAUGGAUUAACUAUUGACCCCUAAGGAACUAAUCAAUUAUGCAAGCCUUCUGAUUGGCUGGGAAGGACUUUGCGUCAGUCGAAAAAAGUGCUCAGUCCGUGAAUUCGUGUAAAAUUUUAAUCUUCUGCUCUCGUAAAUAUUUUCUUUGCAGGAUUUAAUUCACAAAUAAUUGUAAACACUGCCCACCUCGACCAGCUUUUGCUAACUGCGGGCAUAUCCAAGAAAUGCUUCUUAUUUUCUAAUUUUCUAUUAAAAUAGAAAUUAAAAAUAAAAAAUUCAAAUUCGCUGUGACAUAAAUCUUUGGAAGCAGUACCCUCCUGCUCACGGACUCCUGGCAUGACCCUAUCCCGUCAACAGACCUCUUUAACUUGUACAUUUUGUUUUCCCAAACUAGACCACGUGAGGGUGUUUAUGUUGUGGACGUGUGUAUGCUUGCACGCUUUUUGAAAUAUCACGUGCUGUGAAUGGAGAAAACAAAAUGAACAAGCUGCAGCUGUGUUAGUGAACACUACAGACAGGAUUGCAAUGUUAAAAUGUAUAUCCCUGCUUACUGGUUUACCAACAAUUAAUUGCUGAUUUAAAACAUUUUAUGAGCCCAUUCUUAGAAGUGUCCAGAAGCGAAGAGCAGACGAAGCUAAGGACUAUUUUGUUCUUGCUGUUCCUAUUUUAGGAGGGGAGGGGGUGGGGCUAUUAUAACGUCACAUACAAGCGUUAACAACGCUGCAUGUGCAUCACAUUUUGUUACCUUCGUCCUUCAAAAAAAACUGUUUGGUUCAACCCGAGAUGUUCUAAAAAGAAAAGGCGUAUUAGACUUUUAGGUGACAUAUGCUUUCAAGAGCGCAUGUUCCGAACGAAAAAUAAAUGAUCAUAAUGUAGAGAUUUGAAGAAGCAACUUCAACUGAGCAAUUUCGUCGUUAACCUACUUCGUCUAACUUGUGUGAUGUAUCCACGAUAGGUUUUGUAUUUAGCAUGGUGGCCUCUCGUCAGAGACAAUAUGUUCUAUCUCUUCAGUGUUGUCAUUCUCAUCUUGGUGCUCAUAGAUAGCAUUGUAACCUGGUGAGUGUUUUAUCUUCAUGUAACAUUAAUUUUUAGUCCCUUUGGCUACUGAGGGUUGGCGCAGUGGCGAGGGCAGUUGCUUUCCAUCAACGUUGCCCCGGUUCUAUUCUGCCCUCGACACUUGUGUGAGAUAAGUUUGUUGGCUCUCUACUGCGCUCGGAAAGCUUUUUUUCUCUCUCUCUCUCUCUCCCUCUCUCUCUCCCUCCCUCAAUAUUCCUGUUUUUCACUCUCAAAUAAGAAGCAGCAUUUGAUUUGAAUUGAUUUGUAGUCUCUUCAGUUAACCACUUGACUGGCCCGCACAGCCAAGACUUAAAUAAAGAGACAAGCGUCAAUAAAGAGGAUGCUUGUGACGUCAAGGCAGCUAUAUUGGUGAACCUCAACCUCCUCGGGUUUUCCCCCGGAGAGGCGGAAAAGCCCUGGGAACGAGGUUGUUGUUUUUUGCUUUUUUUUUUCUCAGGGACUGUCUCGUGACAAAUUUGACUAGAAGCUAUUGUCGAAGGAUUUGAUAUGAUGUAAUAUGUACCCGCUAGAAACUAAUUUCUUGUAUUUCGGAGCAGGGAAAUCAUCUCGGUGAAAAAUCCGAGCAUAUUUUUUUUUAAAACAUCAAUGAACUUAAUGAAAUUUAGCUAAGCUUUUUUUUUGUGAUUUCUAUUUAUUUCGCAGGCCAGAGGCAUUGGCCAUGUCGUGUUCCUAUUCCAUAUAUUUAAUCAUUAUGUACUUCAAUCCCCGAAUUGAGGCCUGGCUUUAUAAAAUAACCAAUACGAACAGUCCUGAGUUUAAAUCCGAUCUACACGCUUCAAUCGGCAUCAAAGCAAACAACUAUGGAUACCAAAAGAUUGCUGAUGAAGAACAGAGCCACAGCGAAGGAAAAGAGAAGAAACCACUUAGUUCUAAUGAACAGACAAACUCUGCAAAGGAGACGCCUGAAGAGAAAGGAGAUGGAAAAAAGAGAGAGAAACAACAAGAAGAAAGGAAAGAGGACUGUGGGGAAAAACAACCACUAAAGGGUAAAGUUUACAAUGUUAUUGGGAAUCGGAAACGACCAGGAAGUGUCCUUCAAAAACAGGAACAGGAUAGAAGGUCUCUUUUUGGGGAAAGCUUUGACGGUGGAUUUUUUGUGCUUUUGAUAGUUCGAUUUUCGUGAUAAGCGGCUCAAAUAGUGAGAUCAUAAAGAUCUCGUGUUUCAAGAGUUUUUCCUCAGAAAUGCUUGCAAUAAUAUGCAUGCAGACAUCAAUUAGCGUAACAAAGUGUCCCCUUACACUUCGGGUCCAUUUCAACAUCACUUAUAGCAAGAAAUGCUGACAAUAACCGCCAUAAAGUGUCUUCUUAACUAAAAAAAAAAGAGGUUAUCCCAAUCCUUACUUAAAACAACCUUAAAUCAAACGAUAAACAUAUAUUGUUAUGGGGUAAAUUGCGCGUGGACUUAGCAGGACACUUUAUGGCGUCAACACCGAUGACCACACCACGGGGCUGGUGUGACGUGUGUCCACCUUGUUUUUAGUCUUUUUUCGAUCUCUUAUAUUUACUUCUGUUUCUUCCCAAAGGUGUAGUCUUCUUUCGUUAUGGUUCCCCCGGAUUUGUUUUGUAGUUUUUCAAAUAAGAGGAGUAUGUGCGCUCGCAGAAACUUAAAUUUAACGCCUUUUGUUUUUACAGGAGACGGUUUAAAACACCGACCCGUCCCAGAUCUCACGCUAGGGACGCCAUUUAAUCCUCCGGAGGGACUGGCGGCUAGAUUUUGCUGGUUCCUUGGCCUUCCAAUCAACAUAGCAUAUUUUUUCACCAUCCCAGAUGUGAAGAAGGAAUCUUGCCAGAAGUGGGUGGCCGUUUCUUUUAUAGUUUGUAUUGUUUGGAUUGCAGUCUCGUCUUAUACCCUCGUUUGGAUGGUUACUAUUAUUGGAUAUACAUUUGAGAUCCCGGAUGCAGUCAUGGGACUUACACUAGUCGCUUUUGGAAGCAGCGUACCAGAUUGUUCGUCAAGUCUGUUCAUCGCACAAAAAGGUAAGCUAUGUUAUCAUUCCAGUUGCAAUUGACCAUAAAACACACUGUACUACAAUGGCAACAAGACUUUCGCAUAAAUGUCAACUAGAUCGCAGAACUCAUCUCGAGAGAAUUAAUUUACGUCCCACACGACCGUAUCAGUAGAAGAUAUUAAAAACCUUCAGUCAGAACGCAAGACAUGUGCAGUGUAGACGUUUGUUGGAGUACGUGCAUUUUCUUAAGUUUGUUUCGCCACCAUACAGGCGAAGGCUGUAGAGAAAGAGAAAUGUUUACCAAGGGAGCUGGCGAAAGGCGAUGGGAGUGGGUGAGAGUAUUUUCUCUCGCCUUGCCCAAUAUCCGCUAUCCUCAAAUACAUCAUGACAACGCGUUAAACUAUAAAACAACUGUAAGAUAUCUGGCCUCGCUUGAAAAUACUUUGUUUCAUAAUGUUUUCAAACUGCACGCAAAAGAAGCAUCCACAUUCAUUUACCCAUUACCCCCCUCUCUGGGUUUUGAUCUAUCUCCAGUUGCAGCUAUUGAAUCUGGGAGAAAGCUGAUUGAGAAAUGAUACGAAUUUAGUCGAAAUUCCCAAUGAUUAAAGCUGACUUUGUAACAGAGGUUCGUCAGUUAAUUGCGAACCACGUGGGGGAUUGCAAGGGGGGGGGGGGACAUAAUUCUUCUCUUUUACCUUUUACCUCCAUUGUGGAGCUUUCCCCAGUUCGAAAGUUCUGAUUUUCUUUUUUGUUCUCUCUCAGGUGACGGCGACAUGGCGGUGUCAAACACCGUGGGAAGUAACACAUUUGAUGUUCUUCUGUGUCUGGGUGUCCCAUGGCUUAUUAAGGCAGCGGCGUGGAAUGCACCUAUUGAGAUCAGCAGUCGCGGACUGUUUGUGUCCUGUUUCUUCAUCGUGGGAUCUGUGGCUAUUGCUUUUUUUGUCCUUUAUUUGAACAACUGGGUCUUGAACCAAAAAGUUGGGUGUAUCUUUAUAGUUAUCUAUUUCAUUUUUCUGGGGACAUCAGUGUCCAUGGAAAUGUUCGUAUUCGGCAGGUUUCGCCUGCCAAUGUGCAGCAUCGAAGUUUGA